CAGGCAAACAAAAAAUGGAUAAAAGAUGGAGUCUUCAAGGUAUGACUGCUCUUGUAACCGGUGGAGCCAGCGGAAUCGGGUUUAUAUCGCUAAAUUUUGUUUUUUCGUUGUGGACUAUUUUAGGCAUGCCAUAGUAGAGGAGCUAGCCCGUUUUGAAGCAAGAAUCCAUGUAUGCGACAUCUCUGAAACAAUGCUUAAUCAAAGUUUAAGCGAGUGGGAAAAGAAAGGGUUUCAAGUGAGUGGUUCAAUCUGUGAUGUAUCCUCUCGUCCCGAGAGAGAAACACUUAUGCAGACCGUCUCAACGAUGUUCAAUGGCAAGCUCAACAUUCUUGUGAACAACGUUGGAGGACUUCGCACAAAGCCAACAACAGAAUAUGUGGAAGACGAUUUCUCGUUCCAUAUUUCAACAAACUUGGAAUCUGCUUAUCAUUUUAGCCAACUCUCACAUCCUCUCUUAAAGGCUUCUGGCUAUGGGAGCAUCAUCUUCAUGUCCUCUGUUGGAGGGGUUGUAUCAAUGGACUGUGGAUCCAUCUAUGGUUUAACCAAAGGAGGUAUGAAUCAACUAGCAAGAAAUUUGGCGUGUGAAUGGGCACGAGACGGCAUAAGAGCCAACUCUGUUGCUCCUAAUUUUAUCCAAAAUGCUCUGGCUAAACCUCUUCUGGGAGACUCCGAUUACAACAAAAGUUUGUUUAGUAGAACUCCACUUGGCCGCGCUGGAGAACCACGAGAGGUUGCAUCCCUUGUAGCUUUUCUGUGUCUACCUGCAGCUUCAUAUAUUACUGGUCAGACCAUAUGUGUUGAUGGAGGUCUCACUAUCAAUGGUUUCACAUAUCAGCCACAGGCUUGAGCGGAGUCGUGUGUGUGUAUUUUCUUCAAGAACUUCUAAGACACGAAUUGAUUCUCAAAUAAAAACUUAUUUUUCAGAUUUGUUUAUGAAAAUAAGAGAAAGUGUUCCUGUUCUAGGAACAAUAUAUGCCUCAUCUUCCA